UCUCACCCAGCCAAAACAUUGAGCCCUUCCACGCGGCGCCCGUCGUGGACGUCCGCUGACGUUGCAAGCGUGGAUGUGAGCUGCUGCGUGCGCGCUCUCGCGCCAUCGAUCCAAGUGUUAACCCACUUCAAGUCGUUCGUUGUCUAUCUGCCAAGGGAUCGACACCAGGUAGAUGUCCAGCGUUGGAUGGCGUCUCUGUCCAUUCACGCUCUGAACCGUUUGGAAGCUUGAACCGCGGCCUGCGUUCCGCGCAACCACCACGCUGACCGCGCGGAACACCCGCAUGGCCCACCCAUGGCUCCGUCGUCUCCCCGAUCAACGAGCGCCUCCACAUUCGCGUGCCAUCACAGUGCUGAUCGUGCAAACGGCCCCAGCAUGCAUGCUCGAAUGGGCGAGAGGCAACGCAUACGAAUCCUAGCGCAGUAUUCAACGGGGCUAUGAGCAUGACCGCCAUGGCUCGUGUGUCCUUGAAGGGCGGGGGGGCCAACUCGGUCGUAGGCGGCGGUCCGCAGACAUCCUUUCGACGACGGCUCACGUUGGACAUCCCAUCGUCCCAGCCAUUGGUGUCCUGCGCUAUGAUUCGUCGAAAGUUUGAAAUACAGGCCUAUGAUUGGCUAUUUUGUCCCAUCCGGCAACCAACCACUCAAUCCAUCUCCCCACGGUCCAUUUUAAGCUUCAACCAGCGCACGAGAUGGAGCAGCUCGACACGGAUCAAGUGACCAAGGCCGUGGUCGCGCUCAAGCAAUUCCUCAAGAAGAAGAAGGCGCAGACGUCCAAGCAGGCCCUCGUCGACGAAAACAACACGAUCCAGAUCAUUUUCACACGAGUUACCGUGCCUGUCAAGGAAUCCCUCAAGGCCAUUCCCAUGUGCGACUAGGAACAUUUGCCACGACGUUUCUCGCAUCUAACGUAUUGCCAUGUGUAGCAAAUUGCCGCACAACAUCCGUGGUGAUGGCGAAGCGUGCUUGUUCGUGAAAGACUCGGACAAGGACCGCAUCAAGGCACAUCUCAAGGCCGACCCGGUCGCCGGGUUGGCGAAAGUCAUGCCGCUCAAGAAGCUCAAGAAGAACUUUUCACAAUUUAAAGACAAGCGCGAACUAAAGGCCGCGUACGGCGUCUUUCUCGUCGACGACCGUGUGCUGCCGUACGUCAAGUCGCUGUUGGGCAAAACGUUCUUCGACGCGAAGAAGCAGCCGACGACUGUCAACGUGACUGGGAAGAAGAACAUUAGCGACCACAUCCGCCGCGUUCUCGAUGGAACGGAGAUGUUCACGUCGCCUGGGCCGUGCUUCAACGUCAAGAUUGCCCACGACGGCAUGGACACGGAUCACAUUGUCGCCAACAUCGUCCAAGGCACCAAGAACAUCCUGGAGCAUGUCCCGAAAAAGUGGAAGAACAUCAAGUCGAUCAACAUCAAGACGUCGGACUCGGUGGCGCUACCCAUCUACAAUGCGCUCCCCAACUCGUCCAAGCUUCCGAUUGGGUCCAAGAAGCGAAAGGCUGAGGACUCCGACGCGCAACCUUCGAAGAAAGCCAAAGCUUCAGAAGCCAAGACCGCCGAGACCCCGGCGGUCUCAGUGGCCACCCCUGCUCCCAAAAACGUGACUGCUGACACGAAGGUGAUUGAGAAACCAGCGGCGAAGACCAAGGCUAGCUCUGCGAAGAAGGUUUCCACCCCAGUGAAAGCGGUAGCGACUAAGGUGAGCCCUGCAAAGAAGGCGUCGAAGCCUGUGAAGGCGGAAACAGUAGUCAAAGCAAGCCCGAGCACGAAGAAGGCCACCCCAGUGAAGCCUAGUCCGGCGAAGAAGGAGGCAGCUCCCACGAAGGAAGCCCCCUUGAAGAAGGAAGCUGUCAAGUCAGUGAAAACGGCGACCCCCCCGACAAAGAAGAGUCCUGCCAAGAAGGUCUCUGCCACAAAGAAAUAGACGUGAUUAUAGAGAGUACGCAAGGUCAAUUCAGUAUUUUAUCUCCA